AUGGCGAGAGGACCUAGCCCCCCCAACAAUGUCAAGUUUGCGCACGAGUUGGAGGUCUCCUGUAGGGAGCCGCUUGACGAUGAGCUCUCUGUCAUGGAACACUUCGCCAAGCACGCCGAACGAUGUGAACACUGUUUCGACCCCUACAAGUCCUACACCAAAGACAAACCCUUAUGCAGCAGGGGCCUAUCAUUUGCAAAGGACGUCGCCAACUACCUUUAUGCCAAAGGCGGAAAGCCUUUCUCCCGCAUCGAAAAAGCUAAAGGGAAAAGGGUUCAAGUCAACGUCCCUGCCGGUUGCGAAGCCGUCGAAUCCCUCAUCAAGGCGUUUGACAAGGGUAUGAGGCUGGACGCGCCAAGGAUUGUGGUCGUCGAGAACACGAGGAGACAUGAGACUGUUGACAAGUCAGCCAAGGUCGUUUCACCUUCCUCUCCUAUUUCACCCUCGCGACGGAGAGAGUACCACGGUGACGACCGAUACCGAGAAAGACGCUAUGUCCGCGACGAUUACGACUUGGUUGAAAUCAUCCCUCACUCCAGCCGGAGGGAUAGACAGGAAAGAGUCGUCUACCAUGAUGACCGUGCUGAGGACCGGACGCGGUAUGAACGCCGAGAGAGACCCAAGUCGGUUGCCUACACCGAGGGAAAGGGCAGUUUGUAUGUCCGAGACGAGGAGGAGAGGAGACGGCGAGAACGAUAUGAUCGCACGCCUGUUGUCAUCGUCGCUGAGCCUGGCCAGCGGUUUACCACCACACGGCGGUGA